CUGAUUUCACAAUGGGCUCCAUCAGUGCAGCAAAUGCAGAAUUUUCUUUUGAUGUAUUCAAAGAGCUGAAAGUCCACCAUGCCAACGAGAACAUCUUCUACUCCCCCCUGAGCAUCAUUGCAGCCUUGGCCAUGGUUUACCUGGGAGCAAGAGGUAACACUGAGUAUCAGAUGGAGAAGGUUCUUCACUUUGACAAAAUUGCAGGACUUGGAGGAACUAUUCAGACCAAGUGUGGCAAGUCUGUGAAUAUCCACAUACUGUUUAAAGAACUUCUCUCUGAUAUCACUGCACCAAAAGCCAAUUAUUCACUCCAUAUUGCCAACAGACUCUAUGCUGAAAAGACAUGUCAAAUCCUACCGAUCUACUUAAAAUGUGUGAAGAAACUGUACAGAGUAGGUCUGGAAAUAGUCAACUUCAAAACAGGAUCAGAACAAGCCAGACAGCUCAUUAAUUCCUGGGUGGAAAAUCAGACAAAUGGACAGAUCCAAGAUAUCCUUGAACCAGGCUCUGUUGAUCGCCAUACUAUGCUGGUCCUUGUGAAUGCCAUUUACUUCAAAGGGAUAUGGAAGACAGCAUUUAAAGAAGAAGAUACUCGGGAAUUUCCCUUUACCGUGACAAAGCAAGAAAGCAGACCUGUGCAAAUGAUGUGUCAGAACAGUACCUUCAAAACGGCAGCGGUGCCUGCAGAGAACAUGAAGAUCCUGGAGCUGCCGUAUGCCAGCGGAGAGCUGAGCAUGUUGGUGCUGUUGCCUGACGACAUCUCUGGCCUGGAGCAGCUCGAGAACAAAAUCAGCUUUGAAAAACUUACGGAGUGGACCAGUCCUAAUGUGAUGCAAAAGAAGAGAGUGAAAGUGUACCUCCCACGCAUGAAGAUUGAGGAAAAAUAUAACCUCACAUCUGUCUUAAUGGCCUUGGGUAUGACCGACCUGUUCAGCCCUUCGGCCAAUCUCUCUGGCAUCUCUUCAGCAGAGAGCCUGAAGCUAUCGGAGGCCAUCCAUGAGGUGUACAUGGAAGUCAAUGAAGAGGGCACCGAGAUGGCUGGCUCAGUGGGUGUGAUGGGAGACAUCAAACAUUCCUCUGAGUUUGAAGAAUUUAGGGCUGACCAUCCUUUCCUUUUCUUGAUCAAACACAAUCCAACCAACAGCAUCCUCUUCUUUGGUAGAUACUGUUCCCCCUAA